GUUUUGGGCUGUCGGACUCAUCACCCAAUUCUCAAAUAUAGUUAAACCCGUCCAUCUUCAUUAGAUUCAAAUCCGCUCCAUCACCCCAUCUUCUCUCUCCCUCUCUCCCUCUCUCUCUCUCUCUCUCUAUACAAAUUAUUUUUACUGUUUAUUAUCCCCUGCCCUUAAACCCCCAGAUACAAUUGCUGCUGCGUUUCUCCAUUUCUGUUCUCCGUUGCAAAAUUGAGCUCGAGAAACGGAGAUGGAGCAAGGCUACAAUCCUCGGACUGUCGAAGAAGUUUUUAGGGAUUUUAAGGGCAGAAGAACUGGACUUAUCAAAGCCCUCACCACAGAUGUUGAAGAAUUUUUCCAGCAGUGCGAUCCUGAAAAAGAGAAUUUGUGCUUGUACGGGUUUCCUAGUGAGCAGUGGGAGGUCAAUUUACCUGCUGAAGAAGUACCGCCGGAACUCCCUGAGCCUGCAUUGGGAAUCAACUUUGCUAGGGAUGGGAUGCAAGAAAAGGACUGGUUAUCUCUAGUUGCUGUCCACAGUGAUGCAUGGUUACUUGCUGUUGCCUUCUACUUUGGUGCUAGAUUUGGAUUUGAUAAAGCUGACAGGAAGCGACUUUUCAACAUGAUCAAUGAUGUCCCUACUGUGUUUGAAGUUGUGACGGGUGCUGCCAAAAAACAGCAGAAAGAAAAAUCUCUGGUCUCAAACCAUAGCAGCAACAAGUCGAAGUCAAACUCCAAACCGCGAACGAUUGAAACUACUCCGACAACUACUCAGACAAAGUUCUCGAAGCCACAGCCGAAAGACGAAGAGCCAAAAGAUGACGAUGAGGGACUAGAUGAGGAAGACGAGGAUGAGCAUGGUGAGACAUUAUGCGGUGCCUGUGGAGAUAACUACGCAUCAGACGAGUUCUGGAUCUGCUGCGACAUAUGUGAGAAGUGGUUUCAUGGCAAAUGCGUGAAGAUCACCCCUGCCAGAGCCGAGCACAUCAAGCAGUACAAGUGUCCUUCGUGCAGCAACAAGAGAGCUCGCCCGUAGCCUAGCCCGCCUAGACCGCAAAUCCUUAGGUCUGUACCUUGUCCAAGACUGGUCAAUUAGGUCCCAUCCUUGUUCUAUCAAAGCCUAACCUGUGAAUGUGCACUUUCUGAUUGGGGGAUUUUGUUUUUUUUCGUAUAGUAAUAUUAUUUGUUGUAGGAUUAAUUAAGGCUUAAUGGAACUAUCUUGUUUCUCUUUAUAUUGGAUUCAACUUCUUUCUCA